AUGGAAGACCAGUCCAGCACUCAGCCCGAAGGGAGGCCAUACCGGUCUCACCUCCACCCUGCCUGCUUAUCAUGCAGAAAACGCAAGUCUCGCUGCAAGACGAGGAGCCCAGCCGAAAUAUGUGCCAUGUGCCAGGCGUAUGGUACCGAGUGCGUUUUCCCGCGACCAGACGACCCUCGAGUGCCCCGACAGCAGAAAAGUUGGCCGCGGAGGGUGGCUCCUAAUGCACGCGUGCACAACAGACCAUGUCCCGGUCAAUCUCCUGCAGGUACAGCUGCCAGCCGAGGCACCCAGCGGUCUAUGGAUCCCCAACCGCAGAUACCUGUGGGUACGACUGGUCCUCCGCAGCUACCGCGCACCGGCCAAGAUGUCCCCCACGCCGCCGCCCCUGAAAGCAGGACGGGAGAUUUCUCUCCUCUCAUGGGCAUUGUCACAGAAGCAGAGGACGAUAGCUCUCAUAUCAUUAGCCCUGCGGUCGCAGAUGACAACGAUAUACUGGAAAGUUAUCUUUCGGCGAUCCCCUUCGCCCAGAAGAGGUGUAUGGUCCCCACGGGCUCUGGUUCAAUCCGACAUAUCGGCCCAGUGAGGUUCAACGUUGUGCCCAGGCGGCCAUUAGGCGUCGUGGCGAAUCAGUCUUUCGCUGCCUCAAAAUGUGAGCUUGUCGAAAAGUAUAUGGAUCCCGAUAUUGACGAGUAUCUGAACCUCUUUUUUCUCAAGGCUAAUCCAUGUUUCCCGCUCUUUGAUGAAGCCUCAUUCCGAAGCUCCUAUUCCUCUCACAAAGAAAAGAUCUCUCCAGCCCUCCUCUGUAACCUGUACGCCAACUCUCUCGUGUACUGGAAAAGCUCUCGCAGGUUGUCUUGCGGUCGUACUCCCGACAUCCGCUAUAUCUGGAACCAAGCCAAUGAAGCUCUCCAUUCUGAACUGUUUUUAUCGCCUGGACUCUCAUCAAUAAUGGCCAUCCUCAUCAACGUCAAUGGCAGACCAAGCACAUCGAUGUUUGGGAAUGGAGGCAUGGUUGGUAUGGCUGUUGCGCUGUCCAAUGCCUUGGGACUCAACCGGGAUCCGUCUAGCUGGAGCAUAUCGCCCCUGGAGAAAAGUUUAAGGAUAAGGAUCUGGUGGCUCGUACUCAUACAUGAUCGCUGGUGCAGUCUGGCAUAUGGAACACCUUUGCAGGUGCACCGCGCGCAGUACGACGUGCCAUUGCCGUCUGUCGACGAUAUCUGCCCCAACCCUGAUGCGACCAAUGAUAGAUCUGCUGCAUCUGUCUUUGUGGCUUUGGUGACCUUGACUGACGUGCUCGCACGCUAUCUGGAGCAUGUUUACCGCGUGUCGAGAGACUUUCCACAGUCUAGCAACAUGUCUGAGAUGGAUUUGGAGCAGAUCCUCCGGGACUGGGAGGAGUCUUUGAGCGAUGAGGUGCGCCACCUAGUGCUCCGAGGCAUCAACCUGGAUAUUCCUGGCGCUGCAAAUUUCCGAUUGGCCUACCUGUCUGUUAAGCUUCUGCUUCGUCGCCUUCAGCUCAAUAUGAGCAAGAGAACCCUUCAGAUCGAAGACGAUCUCGCAUCUCCAUUUUAUAUGGAUGCUCAGAGAGCGGCAGAGGAAAUCGUCUAUCUCGUGCAGGAGCUAGACGAGAGUCAGUUCAGGGGGUUCUGGAUUCCAGUCCAUGCUUUCUCUCUCACGAGCGCUACCAUGUUUCUGCUCCGUAGUGGCCUGCGGAUGAGGAACUAUGCCCGCAACACGCCGCUCAAGACUGCCCGAGAGAUGAUCAAUGCCCUGCAGUCCCAUCGCCAGAAUUUUGACUGGGACCUUGCGGAUAACUGCCUGGCCCAGUGCUCCGAGUUACUCGAAAGAAUUGGCGCGGCAGAGAGCAACAGUAGUAUGGUCGCUCCAGAAUUCCCAAGUAUCCCAGAGGACCUGGGCAGCCUGGACAUAGAUCCAUCUGUUUUGGAAGAACUCUUCGGUAAUGCUGGCUUCUCAGAAGGGUUUGAGCUCUGCGAGUCUAGAUCGCUCGAUCUGAACGGCUUGAGACCUCGGGGAGGACUUUACGCCGAAAAUCUAACGGUAACGCAAUCUCCGGUGCUAUCCCCGGCUCCUUCCCAGGAUGCAUAUCCACUAAGUGCUGGUUAUAACUUCGUCCCUUCCUGUUUGGGCGUUGUCUGUAAGCUCGAGCGAGUACAACGCCGGAAUCCAGACUCUGUGACCUCUGCGCUCCUCAUCCAUCCUCAAAGCUCUAUCAUUUUCCCGGCCAGACGCUUUAUCCAGCUGCUGAGAAAGGCAUCUUCAUCCUACACGAUGCGUUCCCUCCACCGUGCAGCCGGUUGCCUUCUGCUCGUUGCUGGCGCCAGCGCAUGGCGGCAUUCCAAACUCUUCACUAGCUCACCAGCGUUCGCCGACCAUCCCUUUCCCACGAUUGCGAUAGAAUGCCCCGAGCUUGGUCGGUCGGGUACCUACAUUGACAGGGACCACACGUCAGAGGGAGCCGGCCUUGUCCCAGCCCUGGCGUGGCCUUCCCCCACGGACGAUACCGUGGAAUAUGUUCUCAUCAGCGAGGACCCAGAUGCGCCAAUUCCCGACCCUGUCGUUCACGGAAUAUACUACCGGCUCUCGCGCGAUAAGACUGGAGUGCAAAGCCCCGAUUUCCGCAUAAACCCUGCCAGCUGGGAACCGUACAUGCUUCGCGGUGGCUUCAAGUACGGAAAGAAUACGCACGACACGGUUUAUGUGCCGCCGACUCCAUCCUUCGGCAACGGCCCCCAUCGCUACUUCUUUGAGCUCAUCGCAUUGAACGACUCGAUUGAUACGGAUGCGAUGAGCCCCUUGGCAACCUAUGACGAACUACAAAAAGAGGUCCUUGGAAAGGUCGCGGGCUGGGGUGAAUGGGUCGGGGUGUUUGAGUACCCUGUGACUCCACUUGAGGCGGAAUGA